UGAAGUUCGGGAUAAGAUCAAGUGUUUAGUAGUGAAUAAUAAAAAAAAUCAUUUUAACAAUACCGAAGAAAAAAAAUUAUUUUAAGAGAAAAAAAAAAUCGAAUCCAAAUCCAGCGAAUAUAUUUAUUUCAUAGACAAGCAUUUGAGUGAUAUAUUUAUUUAUCAUAAGGCAAAAAAAAAAAUCUACCUAAAAAAAUAGUGUCGAAAAAAUAUUUUUACAAAAUACAGAAAUGAAAAUGGUGUUGUCACAACGGCAGCGCGAGGAAUUAAACCAAGCGAUUGCCGAUUACCUCGGGAGUAACGGUUACAAUGAUGCAUUGGAGGCUUUUCGCAAGGAAGCUGACAUGCCGAACGAGUUGGAGCGCAAAUUCGGCGGAUUGUUGGAGAAAAAAUGGACGUCAGUCAUUCGGUUACAGAAGAAAGUGAUGGAGCUCGAGGCGAAAUUGUCGGAAGUUGAAAAGGAGGCGAUCGAGGGGGCUCCCAGUCGACAAAAACGCACGCCCAGCGAAUGGAUUCCCCGACCUCCGGAGAAGUUUUCGUUGACGGGACACCGUGCGACAGUUACUCGUGUCAUUUUUCAUCCGGUUUUCAAUCUAAUGAUUUCCUCGUCGGAGGAUGCCACAAUUAAAGUUUGGGAUUUCGAGACGGGCGAAUACGAGAGAUCGCUUAAAGGACACACUGAUUCGGUGCAGGAUAUUGCAUUCGAUCAGCAAGGAAAAUUAUUGGCUUCUUGCAGUUCCGACCUCUCAAUAAAAUUAUGGGAUUUCCAACAGUCAUACGAGUGUAUCAAGACAAUGCAAGGACAUGAUCACAACGUGUCAUCUGUGGCUUUUGUGCCCGCCGGCGAUUAUCUCCUCUCAGCUUCACGUGAUAAAACCAUCAAAAUGUGGGAAGUUGCAACAGGCUACUGCGUAAAAACCUUCACUGGUCAUCGUGAAUGGGUACGCAUGGUACGAGUUAAUGUUGAUGGCGAUUUAAUGGCGACAUGUUCAAAUGAUCAUGCAGUACGUGUAUGGCAUAUUAACUCAAAAGAUUGCAAGGUAACGCACUUUUUUCCGUCAAAAAAUUACAAAAUUCUAAAUUUUUCAUGUUUUUUUCAGGAAUUGCGUGAUCACGAUCACACUGUCGAAUGCGUGGCAUGGGCUCCGGAAUCUGCAGCAGCAGCAAUUAAUGAAGCAGCUGGCAUCGAUAACAAAAAGGGAGCUCAUCAAGGACCUUUCUUGGCAUCCGGUUCAAGGGAUAAAACUAUUCGAAUUUGGGACGUCAGCUCAGGCUUGUGCUUGUUCACACUCGCAGGACACGAUAACUGGGUGCGCGGAAUUGUGUUCCAUCCAGGCGGUAAAUACAUGUUAACAGCGAGUGACGACAAAACUGUGCGAAUUUGGGAUAUCAAGAACAAAAGAUGUACAAAAACACUUCAUGCUCAUCAACAUUUCUGUACUUCUCUCGAUAUGCAUAAAUCACAUCCUUACGUGGUAACUGGAAGCGUAGAUCAAACAGUCAAAGUAUGGGAGUGUCGUUAAAUUA